CUUCGCACCCGGUUAAGUUCGGCUGCUGGUCUGCCAAUGUAAUGGUGGGUUGGGCGUCUAUCCGUGGUGGUGGUAGUGUUGAUAGUGGUGGUUGCGGGGUUUGCUCGUCGCCAACUGGAUAAAGUGAGGCUAUGCUGGCAUGAGCCUCUUUGAUCUGGCUACACAUGUUGACAUAUCUGUUACUCCUUUGAAAAACAGCCAGACAAAUCGCCAACGACAGGUCGUCGAAUUCCUGAAUAGUGUCAACAGUCGACGAAGCUGACAUCAAUCACUACUGGGCCGCCUCUCAAACAUUCGACGUUGGGCUCCCCGUAAGACAGCAUACAUACCUGGGACCCGAGCGGAACCUAUCAUCGAUCAAAAUUUUGCCUGCUUUCACAAAGCCACUCGUCUUACCCUGACCAUCAGGAUGGGCUCUCUGGCACAAUCCUGGCGGCCACUGUCUGUCGGCGUCAUCGGCGGGGGAAUUGGUGGCAUGAGCGCUGCCAUCGCACUCCGUCGCGCCGGCCAUACCGUUACCAUCUACGAACGCGCCGAUUUCGCCGGCGAGGUUGGAGCAUCAGUAUCAUGCGCCGCCAAUGGCACGCGGUGGCUGCACGAAUGGGAGGUUGAUGUGGCCAAAGGAGAUCCUGUGGUACUAAAAAAGCUCAUCAAUCGUGAUUGGAAGACCGGCGAGCCUGUCAGUGUGUAUGAUCUGGACGAUUAUGAGGAGAAAUGGGGGUUUGUAUACAACAUGUUUCACCGGCAAUACAUGCAUUCGAUGCUCAAAGAUGCUGCCAUAGGAGAAAGCGGAGUGGGUGUACCGGCCAAGUUGGUUGUAAAUCAUCAGUGUCAAGAUAUCGAUGUUCCUUCGAGCACGAUCACGUUCAAGAACGGCAACACUGCCACCCAUGACCUGAUCAUUGGCGCCGAUGGCAUUGGGUCAGCCGUCCGAGGCAUUCUGGGCAUCAAGCCCGCCAAACGCCCGGCCGAACAACAAUGUCUGCACGCUAAUGUAUCGACUGAGGAAGCAGUCAAAGCUGGCCUGGUGGAUUAUUCACAAAAUAGUGCAUUGGAAUACUGGGGUGGCCAGGAAGGGAAGUGGGACAAGAUUGUACUUUCGCCAUGCAAUGGUGGCAAGCUGCUUUCAUAUUAUUGCUUCUUUCCUAGAGAGAAGGGCGACUAUAGCGGCCACACGUGGGGGGCCGAGGAUAGGCCCGUCGAAGAAUUGUUGGAGCCAUAUCCCGAACUGGAUCGGCAGGUUUUUGCGCACUUGAGCAUUGGACAGGAAAUCAAACCUUGGAGGCUAUGGGUGCACGACCCAUACCCAUAUCUGGCACGUAACAACAUCUGCUUGUUGGGAGAUGCUGGACACCCGAUGAUGCCACACCAAAGUCAGGGCGCCUGUAUGGCAAUCGAAGAUGCUGCCGCACUGGGAAUCAUUUUCAGCCAAAGCUAUUUUGAUGGCGAUGUAACAGCAGCACUAAAGGUGUAUGAGGAAGUCCGUCUGCCACGGGUGACACGAGUUCAAUCGGCGGCCGCUAAAGCUGCAUAUAACAUCAAUGAACGGAUAGGGUUUUCCACCAAUACCAACAUCUCCACAUACAAAGUGGAAGACGAGAAGAAGAAGUUGACGAUAGAGGAGAUGAAUGCUUACGACCUGUACAGAGACAUUGAACAGAAACUAGCCGUUCACAGAGGCCAUGAGUAUUGCGGAAAAUUUCUGAACGGCUUACCACUCGGGAUGAAGCUACCCAAUGGCGUGACCGUGGGAGAGUCUUAGGGCAAGACAUUUGUCAGAUCCACAGUGUUGAGUUUGCUGCAGAAUCAAGACUGCAUUGAGACUUGAAAGUACGUUUGUGCCGAAUGAGGUCGAGAGACCAAUGAAAUGGUUUGUGUUUGGACUGUCGGGGCGAGUGUACCGCGUGGAAUAUCUAGCAUGCAAAAUAUGCAGGCUCCGCACUGAAAUGGCAUGUCAUUCCAGCGCAGAAUUUCAUCGUGGUGUGAGCGAAUCUCAUAGUGGCAUGUAGCAAGGGUCGGAUUAUGGAAUUGCUGGUGCAGGUCUCGCAGGUUGCGAUCAUCUGUGAGGCGAGGCGCAAAGUGUGACGAAGGUGUGAUGGCUGCGAUGAACGCUGUAGCUGUACGAGCUGAAGGUUACUUGAGAUUGAGUCAGGCGAUCUCUGAAGCAUAGGGUUAGCAACCAGUGCCCCAUAUUGACUAUUGACAUCUUUGAUCUGAACAUGUAACAGUU